AUGCACACUACAUGUCUACACUUAACUCAUGUGUAUUCAACUAAGCUCAACAAGUUUCCCAUCUUUAAUUUUGAUGAUGACCUCAGAUACCUGUGUAUCAGUGCCGUGAGCCCCAACACCACCAAGGCCACCCUCUAUGCUCUCAAUGUGUGGAGAUACUGGUGCAUGACCAAAGGACUCAGAGAUUACAUGGACAUCACUAAGCCUCUUCCCAAGACUCUAAGGGGCUGCCCAGAAACAACUUCUGGGGAAGCGUGGAGGCUGUGGCAGGUUUCUUCAGACAGAGCAUGGAGAAUCCUUAAACGUGUCUUCCCCAUCUGUGUUGCAUUUCCUUCCGAUACAUACCUUGACACAUCUUUCCACUUCCUCUUGUUCCAGAUCCCAGCAGUGAAGCUCAAUGAACUCGUGGAGGACUUUUACAUCACCGUGAAGAAAACAGAUGGGUCUGGCUUUCUAGCCAUGUCCCUCCAUGCUAUCCGAUGAGGCCCGGACUGGAUCCUCAAGAAUGCAGGUGCUGGUUUCUCCGUCACCAGCAGCAACUUCAGCUCUUCCACCAGAAAUCUCAAGGAGAAGCUUAAGGUCCUGAGCAAGACUGGGAUGUCUGGUGCCCACUCGUGCAACGUUGUCUAAUUCUCCCUUUCUGAUGAGGAAGAGAUGUGGAGGACAGGAUGCCUGGGAGAUGACAGCCCCGUAGCCCUGCUGUCCAUGGUGGUGAAAUACAACAGCCAGUACCUGAACGUACGAACCUUACAGGAGCAUGUGGACUUAAUGUUUGGCGACAUUGAAUUGCUCAAAGACGCCCAGAACAGGCCAUUUUUUGCCAGAACGGAUAGUGUGAAGCAAGAAAACAGGGUGAAUGUAAACAGAGCACAUUACGGCCAGAUCUACCAUGAGCACUCAAAAGGGCACAAGCUCUGCCCAUACUGCCUCCUCUACAAGGAGCACAUACACUGACCCCUGUCGCAGAUGGAGGCCAAGUCUCCCUUCUACCUGACAGCCCAGAAGGAGGUCCGUGGCAUGGGGAGCGUCUGGUACGAGGAGCAGAGGAUGGGGCUCCGCUCCCUCAGAGGUGUCGUCCCCAAGCUGGCGAAGAAAGUGAAGCUGGAGCACUGUGAAAAUUUUACUUUUGUCUCCUUCACUCAGGCUUCCAGGAAGUUUGUCCCUCUUAGCUCCUGCCAGUAACUCUGUCCUCUGUCUGCUCUCACCAGCCAGUGUCCCAAGAAAGUGCUUCGCCCAGUAGCUUUAGUGUGAUGUGAAGAGGGUGAGCUGCUUUCAAACAAGAGCAAGAAGUGGAAAGACGGGACAUUAAAUUCUUCCUGAGGAGGACUGCACAUGGUGCGGUCCCAUUUGGGGGAUGAAUACAGCCUUGUUCUGAAAACCAGGGGGGCAGUGGUCUCCUUCACCACCGCCCAGUCUCCCGAGCAAAGAGGUGGUGGAGAGCUUUUUCCUCAUUGGAGGCAGCAGUGUGCGUGUGUAUCAUGGACUUUCCUCCUUAGCAAGCAUAGCUAGGCAAAAGGAGACUGAGUUUUGGGGACCAAAAACUCUUGAAGCAGAAGUGCCUAUGCUUUCUUUCAGAACUACUGUGCAAAAAUUACUCUGUUCUGAACCACAUUUUUCGAUGGUUCACAGUCUUCUCCACUUGUCUGGUGUAUUGGAAAUAUAGAUAUUUUUCAAUACCUGGUCAUUUACACUGGAUCUGUACGUACUGCUAGAAACUGCUAUCGGCUUUACCAAAUAAGAAACAAACAGAUGAAAUUAAUUACAGUAUCCCCAAAGGACAGCACUUUCAUUCAGUCAUUUAUAAAUGGUGAGCACUUAACUAAAAAAUCAGCAGUUUCGGGCUGUCCAGGUUUUGAGACAUCCUAAAGGGGGCUUUUAUCAGAAGUAAAAUGCUCAGCAUCUUUUGAAAAUGAAAGCACUCUAAGGCGUCUCAAGUCUGGCAUCCAAAUGAUGUAAUUUUCAAAAAUCAGUGGUCAGUUGUAAAAAUAAUUGCCUUAAACUUCUACCCCUACAGCUUGGUCCACUUUCUGUUGAGAGGAAACCUUCAUUUCAGCUCAAGGUGUGGCAAGCCUUUAAGUCACAGAAAAGAAAACCUGAAAGACCUGAAACAGAGUUGGGGACAUGCAAUUUGGUGAUGUGCAA